UACAAGGAAUACUUUCGUUUGCUAAUUAAGCGUGACUUUUGCUAUUAUUACCGGUCGGUUUCAUACAAUCGACUAUACGACGAAGAAAUGCGAGCAAACGCGAAAAGAAGAACGACGGCAGCAGCCGGAUUCCGGAGACCUACAGGCAGCAGGCUAAAUAAUAAAAUCUCAGAGCAUAUCUCAGCAUCAGUAACACCCCUCCAUGUUUGUCUGGAGGAACAAAGAGGACCAGAACUGGGCUCUUGUGACGCCUCGGCUCGUAAGCCACAGGCUAAAAAAUUAUUUGAAAAGCAGGAAGCAGAAGAAAGGUGUAGUGAAGAAGAAGCGGAGACUGAAUUCUUUAGGGUUGAGGCAGAAGAUUUGAAACACAGUCGUUCGAGCAUGGCCAAUACUAUCAGUAAUAUGAAGAUGACCAACCGCAUCAAGGGUCUUGUGAGCAAACGUCGUAAACGUUUCACAGAAGAUGGUUUUGAUCUUGAUCUCACAUACAUCAGGGAUAACUUGAUAGCGAUGGGUUUCCCCGCUGAAAAUUUAGAAGGAGUUUAUAGAAACCACAUAGAUGAUGUUGUUAAAUUGCUGGAAUUUAGGCAUAAGGACCAUUAUAAAAUUUACAAUCUCUGUUCGGAGAGGUCGUACGACUCUAAAAAGUUUAAUCAACGGGUAGCUACUUAUGCGUUCGACGAUCACAAUCCGCCGAUGCUGGAUCAAAUAAAACCUUUUUGCGAAGAUGUACACCAAUGGCUUUCCGAACACGAAGAAAACGUAGCCGUAGUUCACUGUAAAGCAGGUAAAGGUAGAACAGGCGUGAUGGUUUGUUGUUACCUACUUCACACCAGACAAUUUCCGACAGCCACAGAUGCUCUUAGCUUUUAUGGAACUAAAAGGACGCACGACAGAAAGGGGGUAACGAUUCCUUCUCAGAGAAGGUACGUUGAUUAUUAUGCCACUCUAGUUCAGGAGAACUUGAAUUAUCAACCGGUUACGUUGGUGUUGCGGAAGAUACAACUAGAUCCAGCGCCUAUUUUUCACGGAGGUCAGGGAUAUUUGCAGUGUGUAAUAUCUGAGUCGAAAAAGAGGAUAUUUAGUUCAGAUACAGUGGAAGUUCGAAAAGGAAUAAGCACCGUCUGUAUCCCAUUGAAACACAGUGUCGGCCUGACAGGAGACAUACGAGUGGAUUUUUUUAAUAGACCAAAAAUGAAGCGAAAGGAGAAAUUGUUUCAUUUUUGGUUUAAUACGUUCUUUGUGCGAGACUACUUAACAUCAGAGUACGAUAACGGAGAGUUACCAAUCGAUCGUUCGACAAGGGCAUUGAGUUGCGAUGGCACGACUAUGGAAUUGCCAAUGGUAAUGUCGCAUAUGACACACAGAGCAGGGUCACUGGCUAGCCUCGGACCUAUGCCACCUACACUCGUGUUAAGUAUAGAUAAAUGGGGCUUGGACGAUGCACACAAGGAUAAACAUCACAAAUCGUAUAGUGCAAAUUUUAAAGUUAGCUUAUUUAUGCACCAAGUGGGCGGUAGUAUAUCGCAAACUGUGCCACCGACGACAAACAGAACGGGAGAAGCUAUACAAAUAGGAAUGGGCGGGCAAGAAACCCCUAGUGAAUCGAGUGAAGCUGAGAGCAGUGAAUGCGAUACGACCGGAGAUACAACCGGAGAUGAAGAUGGGGAAUCUGGGGAGUCGACGUAUUUGUGACUUUGAAACUAGACUGAUCCUGCGGGGACCGAUCCGAGCUAGACUACUUUCAGAAAACGGGUGUCCACCCGACGGGGCACGUAGACGAUAUCGAUCGGUAACCAACCAAUUCAGCCGGCGUCCGCCAGUCCAUCGCAACGCACGUACCACACGUGUAUAACCGCAUUCCCCCUCAGUUGCGACCGGCAAGAAUUUUAUGCUUUUUGCGUCUGAUUUUUGCUCUCCUUAAUUAUUCUUAUCGUUUGUAAGAUACAUCUGUCCUCGUUGACGCGGCGCACCGAUACCGAUUCAUCGCGUGAAACUCAAGCACGAUGGAGGAGAAGAAAGGGACACGAUCGCUAACACGUCGUCGCCCAAAACCUUUCUCUUUUCGCU